CCACAGCCCCCGAUGCGGGGGAGCCGCCGCCGGGGCCAUGCAGCCGCCGCCGCAGCCCUACGAGUUCUUCAGCGAGGAGAACGGCCCCAAAUGGCGGGGGCUCUUCGUGCCCGCGCUGCGCAAGGUUCAGCAACAGGUUCAUCCCAGUUUUUCAGCAAAAGAAGAUUCCCUCUAUUAUAUUGAAGAGUUGAUACUUCAGCUGCUAAACAAACUAUGCAUUGCACAGCCACGGACUGUCCAAGAUGUUGAGGAGCGAGUUCAAAAGACAUUUCCUCAUCCAAUCGACAAGUGGGCUAUUGCUGAUGCACAGUCUGCUAUAGAGAAACGAAAACGAAGAAACCCUCUCCUACUACCUGUGGACAAGAUACAUCCCCUAUUAAAGGAGGUUCUAGGCUAUAAAGUAGAUUAUCAUGUCUCUCUUUAUAUUGUGGCUGUUUUGGAAUAUAUCUCAGCUGACAUUUUGAAACUGGCUGGAAAUUAUGUUUUCAAUAUACGACACUUUGAAAUCUCCCAGCAAGACAUUAAAGUGUCUAUGUGUGCUGAUAAGGUUUUGAUGGAUAUGUUUGAUCAGGAUGUUAUUGGUUUGGUUUCGCUGUGUGAAGAUGAGCCCUCUUCUUCAGGUGAACUCAAUUACUAUGAGCUAGUGAGAACUGAAAUUGCAGAAGAAAGACAAUAUCUUCGGGAGUUGAAUCUGAUAAUAAAAGUGUUUCGGGAAGCUUUCCUGUCUAACAGAAAGUUGUUCACACCGUAUGAUAUCGAUACGAUCUUUAGCAACAUUUCAGAUAUUCAUGAAUUGACUGUGAAGCUUUUGGGGUUGAUUGAGGAUACUGUUGAAAUGACAGAUGAAAGUAGUCCUCAUCCUUUGGCUGGCAGCUGCUUUGAAGAUCUGGCAGAGGAACAAGCCUUUGAUCCAUAUGAAACUUUGUCCCAGGAUAUUCUUUCUCCACGGUUUCAUGAGCAUUUUAAUAACUUGAUGGCUAAACCAGCUGUUGCGCUACAUUUUCAGUCUAUUGCUGAAGGUUUUAAAGAAGCUGUACAGUAUGUUCUUCCACGGCUUAUGCUGAUCCCAGUUUAUCAUUGUUUGCACUACUUUGAAUUAUUGCAGCAAUUGCAGGAAUGCAGUGAAGAUGAAGAAGACAGGGAGUGCUUGAAACAAGCCAUUACUGCUCUUUUAAAUCUCCAAUGCAGCAUGGAGCGCAUUUACAAUAAAUAUUCACCUAGACGGCGGCCUUGGGAGACAAUUUGUCGUUUCUACAACCGCCAAGUAAGAAGCAAGCACCUGGCCAUCAAAAAAAUGAAUGAGAUUCAGAAAAAUAUUGAUGGUUGGGAAGGCAAAGAUAUUGGCCAGUGCUGCAAUGAAUUCAUAAUGGAAGGUGCGCUGACAAGGAUAGGAGCCAAACAUGAACGUCACAUAUUUCUCUUUGAUGGUUUACUGAUCAGCUGUAAAACUAAUCAUGGACAAUCGCGGCUUCCAGGUUACAGCAAUACAGAGUACAGACUUAAGGAAAAAAUUAUCAUGAGGAAAAUGCAGAUCAUUGACAAAGAUGACACUUGUGAAUACAAACAUGCUUUUGAGCUAGCGUCUAAAGAUGAAAACAGCCUAGUGUUUGCUGCCAAGUCUGCUGAAGAGAAGAACAAUUGGAUGGCAGCUCUGAUUUCUCUUCAGUAUCGCAGUACACUGGAUCGAAUGCUUGACUCAGUGUUACUGCAAGAAGAAAAUGAACAGCCACUGAGGCUGCCCAGCCCAAAUGUGUAUCGUUUCGUAGUGGAAGACUCUGAGGAAAACAUUGUUUUUGAGGAUAAUCUGCAAAGUAGGAACGGAAUCCCGAUCAUCAAAGGAGGAACUGUAGUGAAACUAAUUGAAAGGCUAACAUACCAUAUGUAUGCAGAUCCUAAUUUUGUUCGCACUUUCCUUACUACCUACCGCUCCUUUUGUAAGCCACAGGAAUUGCUGAGCUUGUUGAUUGAAAGGUUUGAAAUCCCAGAGCCUGAGCCUACUGAAGCAGAUAGGUUGGCAAUAGAGAAGGGAGAGCAGCCGAUCAGCGCAGACCUGAAAAGAUUUCGCAAGGAAUAUGUCCAGCCAGUACAACUCAGGAUAUUAAAUGUUUUUCGACACUGGGUAGAACAUCAUUUUUAUGAUUUUGAAAGAGAUCUGGAGUUGCUCGAUAAACUGGAGACAUUUAUUUCAAGUGUAAGAGGCAAAUCCAUGAAGAAGUGGGUAGAAUCCAUUGCUAAGAUUAUCAAGAGAAAAAAACAAGCUCAAGCAAAUGGAAUUAGUCAUAACAUUACCUUUGAGAGCCAACCUCCCCCAAUUGAAUGGCAUAUUUGCCACCUUGGACAGUUUGAGAUGGACCUCAUGACACUACAUCCAAUAGAAAUUGCUCGUCAGCUAACACUUCUAGAAUCUGAUCUCUACAGGGCAGUGCAGCCAUCUGAACUUGUUGGGAGUGUGUGGACUAAAGAAGAUAAGGAAAUUAACUCCCCAAAUCUAUUGAAAAUGAUUCGGCACACUACAAAUCUUACUCUUUGGUUUGAAAAGUGCAUUGUGGAAACAGAGAAUUUUGAGGAGCGAGUGGCUGUGUUAAGUAGGAUAAUCGAAAUUCUGCAGGUUUUUCAAGAGUUGAAUAAUUUCAAUGGUGUGUUGGAGAUAGUCAGUGCGAUGAAUUCUGUGUCAGUGUACAGACUAGAUCAUACAUUUGAGGCCUUACAGGAGAGAAAAAAGAAAGUUUUGGAUGAAGCAGUAGAACUAAGUCAAGAUCACUUUAAGAAAUACCUAGCUAAACUCAAGUCAAUCAACCCACCCUGCGUGCCUUUCUUUGGAAUCUAUCUAACAAAUAUUCUGAAGACAGAAGAAGGGAAUCCAGACUUUCUUAAAAGACAAGGGAAAGAGUUAAUCAACUUCAGUAAGAGGAGAAAAGUGGCUGAAAUUACAGGCGAAAUUCAGCAGUAUCAAAACCAACCUUACUGUUUACGGAUAGAACCAGAAAUACGGCGGUUCUUUGAAAAUCUCAAUCCUAUGGGAAAUGCACCAGAAAAAGAGUUUACAGACUACUUGUUCAACAAAUCAUUAGAAAUUGAACCUCGAAACUGCAAGCAGCCGCCUAGAUUUCCUAGGAAAACAACAUACCCUCUAAAAUCUCCUGGAAUAAGGCCCAAUACUGGCAGACAUUGUUCCACCUCUGGAACCUUGCGAGGUCACCCAACACCCCUGGAAAGGGAACCAUGUAAAAUAAGUUUCAGUAGAAUUACUGAAGCAGAGCAGGAGUCAGCAGCAUCGGCUCCGACUUCUCCGAAUACGCCAUCUACUCCACCAGUGUCUGCCUCUUCAGAACGCAGUGUAUUUUUAGAUAUUGAUCUCAACAGUUCUUAUGGUAACAAUAGCAUCUUUGCUCCUGUCCAUUUGCCGCAGUCAAAAUCUUUCUUCAGUUCGUGUGGUAGUAUACAUAAACUAAGUGAAGAGCCUCUGGUUCCUCCUCCACUUCCUCCGCGCAAAAAGUUUGAUCAGGAGGCUUCUAACUCUAAGGGAAGUUUAAAAUCUGAUGAUGAUCCUCCUGCUAUUCCACCAAGGCAACCUCCUCCUCCAAAGAUACAACCUAGAGUUCCUGCUUACAAUAAUCCAUUUGAUCAACUGCUGCAUAGUCCACCCCCACCCCCUCCAAGAGACCCUCUUCCUGACACCCCUCCACCAGUACCACUUCGGCCUCCAGAACACUUCAUAAACUGUCCAUUUAACCUCCAGCCACCGCCAGUGGGACGCUUUCACAGAGAUCCAGAUCGGUUCAGGGAAGCUAGCACAUGCCCAAGCUCACCAAACACUCCUCCAAGCACCCCCUCUCCAAGGGUCCUGCGUCGCUGCUAUAUGCUCAGCUCAAGUCACAACAACGUUGCCCAUCCUCCAGCUCCUCCAGUCCCACCAAGGCAAAAUUCUAGCCCUCAGUUACCAAAACUGCCACCAAAGACUUAUAAAAGGGAACUUUCCCAUCCUCCUUUGGACAGACAGUUUUUGCUAGAAAAUGCAGAAACUCCUCAAUGACCUUAGCCAUAUUAGUCAUUGACACUGGAAUAGUAUUUGUAAAGUUCCUUUUUAUUUAUUCAAAAAAGGCAGUGUAUUUUAGUACUUUCACAAAUAAUGCUCUUACAAAAGUGCUGCUGAUCAAAACAAAGUUAAAAAUUAGAAAAAUAAGAAUACACCCUCCGCUCUUUGUCUACUCCCACAGCAUUACCCUCAGGUGAUCAGUAGCAUUGCCUUGUCUCAGAUCCUUAGUGCCGACAGCUAUGCCAGUAUAAAGAUUAUAUAUUUUGCACUGUAAACUACACUACAUGAAUUUAAACUAUCAGUUCAUUGCACUGAGCCGAAAAAAAGGUGCGUUUGUGGAAUUUUUCAAAUUUGAGCACUAGUGGCCUUUAAAAAAAAAAAAACAGUGGAAUUAU